AUGGCGAAAAGGAAAGCCGAGAGUGCCACAUCGGAAGCAAAGUCUACUAAGAAACCAACAAGACAACAAACUGCUCCAUCAAUUUCGAUAUGUGUCCCAUCCAGUGUCAUAUCCUCCAAAAAUGCAUACAAUUUACAACAAAAAACCAUGAUUGCGUAUCAAAUCGCCAAAGCCAGUUUGAUUUAUGAUGUUGCCGAAAUCAUUGUGUUGACGGAACUGACAACUAAACAAGAGGGAAAGGGGGGACAGAGUGAAGAGGAAAAGAAAGAUAUUAGUUCGAGUAUUGGGAAGAAAGUUGUAUUUGAUGACAAUGGUGAAAAUGAUAUUGGCUCAUCAGCACCGGUUGAAAACCCAACUGAUACUGAGCUUGACGAAAACACAGAUGAGAGAGUUAAUGAUGAUAAAGAUGACGCCUUGUUAUUGGCUAGUCUAUUACAAUUUUUCAUCACUCCUCCCUAUCUAAUCAAAACAAUGUUUCUGCCACGAUUGAAUCCCAAAUUUGGUCAAGUUUUACCUAAAUUCAAGUAUGCUUUCAAGUUACCCAAAAUCCCCAGUUUACCGUUUAUGCAGAAUAACAAUGUCCAUGAACAUUUCAAAGAAGGAAUCAUCAUACCUCGAGAAACUCCCAAGAUCAAAUCAAAAACCGAUAAACAAAAACUAGUUCCUUCUCCACACAAGGUCACCGUUAGCAAAUAUGUAAAUAUUGGUGAAUCUGAGGCAAUGAAGUUGGAUAUUGCUAGAGAAGUCCCGGUGUAUUCGAGAGUCACGAUUGAUGUACGAAACAAGACUAUUGUCAGUGCCAAGCAAGCAUAUGGCAUCAAUGGGCAUAAGCUGUCAUUUGGAUAUCAUGUACGAAUGGUGAAUGACAAUCAGUUUAAUAAAGUAUUCACUAAUUCCCCAUUGAGUGAUGGGUAUAGUCAAACGAUUUUUGUCAACUGUGAUGAUUACUUUGAUAAAUGGAGUAAAUUAGUGGAUGAAAGUGUACCGUUGUUUGAAAAGAAGGGUGACGCUAAUGGGAACAAUGAUAACUUAUUGAUUAUUUUGGGAAACUAUGGCACGAUUCAACGCAAUUUCCAAUCUGAUGAAGCCAAGAGUUCAAUUUUCGAAGGGUUGGAUAACGUACUGAAAUUGUUUGAUUGUAGAUUAGAUAUCCCGAAAGGGUGUAGAAUUGAAGAUGCAACUUUGAUUGCGUUGACAAAGCUAUUACAAUGA